UCUGGGCUCCCAGGCCCCGGCGGCGGAAGAGAUGGAGCAGCGUCACGAGCGCCCGGCCCCUUAAAACGCUGCUGGCUGGAGCCGCCUCCCUCCCUGCAGCCCGCGGUGGAGAUGGAGUAAAGGGAGACCUGUCGACCUGCCCGCGGAGAUCAGCGAUGGAGUUAAAGCAAUCUUUGUCUACCCAUCUGGAAACUGAGAAGCCUCUGAGGCGCUAUGGGGCGGUGGAGGAGACGGCAUGGAAAGCGGAGGGACUGGGGAGAAAUCAGCUGGACAUCAUCUCCAUGGCAGAGACAACCAUGAUGCCGGAGGAGAUCGAGCUGGAGAUGGCGAAAAUUCAGCGUCUCCGGGAAGUCUUGGUCCGCCGGGAGUCUGAGCUCAGGUUUAUGAUGGAUGACAUCCAGCUCUGUAAUGACAUCAUGAACCUGAAGCAGGAGCUGCAGAACUUGGUCGCCACCCCAGAAAAAGAAAAAACCAAGCUGCAGAAGCAGAGAGAGGACGAGCUAAUCCAGAAGAUCCACAAACUGGUACAGAAGCGAGACUUCCUGGUGGACGACGCAGAGGUGGAGCGGUUAAGGGAGCAGGAAGAAGACAAGGAAAUGGCUGAUUUCCUGAGAAUCAAGUUAAAACCUCUAGACAAAGUAACCAAAUCUCCAGCCAGCUCCCGAGCAGAGAAGAAAGCAGAGCCUCCACCUAGUAAGCCCACAGUGGCCAAGACGGGGCUGGCGCUCAUCAAAGAUUGCUGUGGGGCCACCCAGUGCAGUAUCAUGUAGCCCCCACGUGGGGUGCCCCCGGGGCCACAGGGACCCCACUCCCACCCUCUUGUCUUCAUAGCCCCCAUUUCACCGGGGCUCAAGAGCUCUCCAAGGCCGAAGAGGUUGAAGGCAAGCCUGUGACUGCUGCCAGGGACCGUGGGUGCGGCAGGAGGGCCUGGCCGUCCUGUACAGAGUGUAGCAAUAGGGAGUCCCUCACCGUCGCAUGGCCCUCCCCAGAGCAUGCCAAACCCAGGAGUCUGUCUCACUGUUUAUCCAA